AUGGGUGAGGCCGACAGCUACUCCAAUGCCGAUCGCGGCAACAGCCACCAGAAAUAUUACCAGACGCCGCCGAAUCCUCCGCCUCAGCAGAACUUUGCACCGCAACCCACGUACCGGGCCGAGACGGGCGAGAAGCAAGGCUUUGAGCAGACCUUCAAGAUCGACAAGCCGAGAUGGAAUGAUCUGUGGGCGGGCAUCCUCUUCCUGCUCUUCUGUGCUGGCUUCGUGGCCGUCUCGGGCAUCGCCAUCCGUGGAUACGUGCAGAACUUCAACAUUAGCGGUGGGGGCAUCUACGAUGGGGCUGCCAGCUUCGCGCUCAACACCAACACUAUCAUACUCUUCGCCUUUGUCCUCGUCGUCGCCAUCGUUCUCGGCUAUGGGUACGUCUGGAUGGCGCGUCUGUUCCCCAAGCAGUUCAUCUGGGUCACGGGCAUCCUCAACAUCUGCUGGGCCAUCGGUACCGCCAUCUUCUACCUGUACAAGAGGUACUGGAGCGGCGGCAUCGUCUUCCUCAUCUUUGGCCUGUUCGUGGCCUUUUGCUUCUACACCUGGAUCCCACGCAUCCCCUUCUCCGCCCUGAUGCUGCGAACCGCCAUUGACGUCAGUAAGAGGUUCGGCCACGUCUACCUCGUCAGCUUCAUCGGUGGCUUCAUCGCCACGGCUUUCGGCGCCUGGUUCUCUGUCACCCUGGUCGCCAUUUACGCCAAGUAUCAGCCUUCCGGCGCCAACGCCGAGUGCAGCACCCAGGGCGAGUGCAGCAAGGCCAGGGUCAUCGGUCUCAUAGUCUUUGUCACCUUCACCAUGUACUGGUUCUCCGAGUGGCUGAAGAACACCAUCCACACCACCAUCGCCGGCGUCUACGGGUCGUGGUACUUUUGCCCCAACAGCUUCCCCAAGUCCGCCACCCGCGGUGCUGCCCGUCGCGCCCUCACCUACAGCUUCGGCUCCGUUGCUCUCGGCAGCCUCGUCGUUGCCAUCAUCCAGUUCCUCCGUCACUGCUGCUCCAUUGCCCGCAGUCAGGCCGGCACCGACGGUGGGGUGGGCGGCAUGAUUGGCUACGCCAUCUUCUGUAUCCUGGGCUGUCUGAUCGCCCUUCUCGAGUGGGCCGUCCAGUUCUUUAACCGAUAUGCCUUCUGCCAUAUUGCCCUAUACGGAAAGGCUUAUGUGCCUGCUGCCAAAGACACGUGGCACAUGAUCAAGGAUCGCGGUAUCGAUGCCCUAGUCAAUGACUGUCUAAUUGGACCCGUCCUCUCGUUUGGCGGCGUCUUUGUCGCCUACGUCUGCGCCCUCCUGGCCUAUCUGUACCUCAUCUUCACCAAACCAGCCUACAAUACCGACGGUGGCUUCACCCCCGUCGUGCUCGCCUUUUCCUUCCUGAUUGGCAUGCAGAUUGCCAACAUCUUCACCACGCCCCUCUCCAGUGGUAUCGAGACCAUCUUUGUGGGUAUGGGAUGGGACCCACAGGUCCUGGCACACGAGCACCCGGAGCUGUAUCAGAAGAUGGUGCAGGUGUAUCCCCGGGUAGAGACUAUCCUCCACCUCCGAUAG